AUGGAUGAAGCUGGUAAUGAGAUGGUGGAUGAAAUAAACAUGUACUAUGAUUGCCGGUACAUCUCUGCAUGCGAGACCGCAUGGCGGUUGUUUAGUUUUGAAGUUCAGUACAGGACUCCACCAGUUGAGCGACUAAGCUUUCACUUGCCUGACUGCCAAUCUGUUGUGUUCCAAGACGAUGAUACCAUUGAUCAUGUCCUGAAUAGAGAAACCGUUGGGCAAAGUAUGUUUAACGCAUGGUUUGUAGCCAACCAGAAGUUUAAAGAAGCGAGCUUAUUAACUUACAUUGAGAUGCCUACCAAAUUUGUGUGGAAAAAGGACAUCCGUGAAUGGCAUCCAAGAAAGAAGGGUUUCUCAAUUGAUUUGGUCUUAACAGAGGAAGAGAAAAAGAACUUUGCAUUGUUCGAAUUGGAAAACCUAUUGGGGCAUCAAAAUAAAUCUUUAAAAGACUAUCCUCCGAUGCCAAUACCAAGUACAUAUAAUUCAAGGUUGUUUCAGAAUAGGUUGAUAUUUGAAGAGUUGGCUUACAAUUGUGAGCAGUUGAAAGAAGAUGCUGAAGUGUUGUGUGCAAAACUAACUGAAGAACAGAGUCUCAUCUAUGAUACGGUUAUACAAGACAUUGAAGAAGGUAAAGGUGGCUUAUUUUUUGUUUAUGGUUACGGUGGAACAGGAAAGACUUUUUUGUGGAGAGCGUUGUCAGCUGCAAUCCGAUCCAAAGGUAAGAUUGUUUUAAAUGUGGCAUCAAGCGGCAUAGCUUCUCUAUUGUUACCAGGUGGCCGUACUGCUCACUCGAGAUUUGCAAUACCUAUUGCAAUAAAUGAAGACUCAACCUGUAACAUUAAGCAAGGUAGCGAGCUGGCUGAAUUGUUGAUAAAGACGAGUUUGAUAAUAUGGGAUGAAGCUCCCAUGAUGCACAAACAUUGUUUUGAAGCAUUAGAUCGAACUAUGAGGGAUUUGUUGCGUUUUGUAGACCCGUGUAGUGAAAUGAAGACGUUUGGUGGUAAAACAGUUGUUUCGGGUGGAGAUUUCCGUCAAAUCCUCCCGGCCUUACAAGAAUUUGCCGAUUGGAUUGCUAAUGUCGGUGAUGGAAAGCUGGGUGGGCAGAAUGAUGGUUUCGCAGAGGUUGAAAUUCCAAAACACAUGUUACUGUCAGCUGGAGCGGAUGAUAUUAAAACAAUUGUGCAGAGUACAUUUCCUAUGUUUGCAAAUGGAAACACUGACCCCGAGCAUCUAAUAGGUCGUGCUAUAUUAGCAUCAACGCUCGAUGUGGUCAACGCAGUCAAUGAAUAUAUGACUGAGUUGCAUAAUACCGAAAGCAUAUCGUACUUCAGUUCAGAUGCAGUAUGCAAAGCCGAUGGCGACAACGGUAUAUUUGGAGAUGUACACACACCGGAAUUUCUAAACAGCAUUAGGGUUUCAGGUCUACCAAAUCAUGCAUUGACUUUGAAAAUAGGAUCCCCGGUAAUGUUAAUGAGAAACAUUGACCAUUCUCUUGGUUUGUGCAAUGGGACUCGGUUGAUAAUCACAAAGUUAGCAGACCAUGUUAUUGAAGGCGAGAUUCUGACUGGACCUAACAAAGGUACAAAAGUGUUAAUCCCCCGAAUGUCAAUGUCACCCUCUGAUCCAAGAUUGCCGUUCAAAUUUCAACGAAGGCAAUUCCCAAUUAUGAUUUCAUAUGCAAUGACCAUUACCAAAAGUCAAGGACAAACGUUGACUCAUGUUGGUUUAAUACUAAAGAAACCGUUUUUUGUACACGGCCAGUUGUACGUUGCUGCAUCUCGGGUUAAUAAUCCAGACGGUCUCAAAAUAUUGAUAGUCAAAGACCCAACUUCAACUACUUCAUCAACCACUAAUGUUGUAUAUCAUGAGGUUUUCAAUAAUCUGUAA